UAAAUAAUAAUUAUUUUUUAUUAAAAAUAACAUAAUAACAAAAUAAGUGUAAGUUUGUGGUUUAAGUGUUUUUUUUCUUGUAUUUUCUGUUUCAACAAAAAUAAAUAAGAAAAAUCCUGUUUUUACAUUCCUUUAUAGAUUUUAAAGAUAAAUACCAUAACUUCUUAGAGUUUCUUGUAGUAAACUGCUUAAUUUGCAUAUUAAUGGAUUCAAAAUAUCAGCAUGGUUAUUAAUCACGUGCACGCAAUUUUCUUUUUCGAAGAAGCAUAGAAAAUAAAAUACAUAUAAAAACCAACUCCAUAUCGAGUGAUUAAGUAAAAAAAAAAAUGUCAUGUACUUUAAAUAAGUUGAUUUUAAUAUAAAUUUAUUAAGUUUUUUUUUGAUUUUCGUGUCAAUUUGUGUGAAGAAGUAAAAAAAAAUAUUUCAAUAUUUGAAAAAAGAAGCAACAAAAACGUUGUUGAAUUUUAGUUCGCGAAUUUGUUUUUACAUUUUUAACGGUCGUAUUUUGUUUUAUUUUAUUUUUCGUCGUAUUUUAACUGGAAUUGUGCAUUAUUUUUGAAAAAAGUAAUAUUUUCUUGCUACAUAAAAUAAUGUUGUGUGAUUACUAAUUGAGAGCUUUGCUGGAUACUUCAACAUUUAAAAAAGAAUUUGAAGUUGUGUUGGCUAAGAUUCAAAUGCUGCUGUUAUUAUUCAUCCGAAAUAAGGCACAAAACGAAUACAUAAUUCUUAACCACCAACUGCAGCUCUACAUCAGAAAUUCCACAGCUGAUAAAAAUGUAUGAUCCUCAUGACCUGCCCAUAUGUGUUCUUUAGCCAUCUACUUGUUUUGUUGUAAAUUUAAAUGACAGCCAUCAACAUUGGUGCAUGGAGAAGGAGAGAGAGACAUAUCAAAUCAAAUGCACCUGACAGUUGAAGAGAAUUUUAUUUUUCGUUUUGUUUCCUUCAGUUUUUGACAGUUCUCCCGCAUGCAUUCGAAUGGAUAUUUUAUGCAUAGGUCAUCGUUUUGUAUUUGACAUUUUGACAGAAGGGCAUUAAGAAGCACUCUACGGUGCGCAUGUUGUCCCUAUGUGCCUGCAUGCAUUUUAAAGUGAGAGACACAAGAAAAAAACGACGACGUAGACGAAUAGACGUAGACAACGCGACGCGAAGAGAACAAGGCAUAGUGUAAAACGCAGAACCUUGGCAUGAUUGGCUCCGAUGAAAUGUCGUCAACAACGAGCAUGGAUAUAAGUGAGACAUUUCGACCUGAAGAUUUAUCGAAAACGGAUUUUUUUGAUUUUGUCACAGCACCGGAUAUGGGUAUUGGCAUUGGUGUUGGGCAUGAUAGGCCGCCUGGAACUAGCGAUACAAAUGGAACGACAAAUGAUCCAGCGUUAGAUGGUUAUGAUCAGUUCUGGAGUUCCGAAAAAGACAGCCACAGCCGUUUAGAGUCUACAAUUUUCGAGGAUCUCGAUCGAUAUUGUUGGCAGCAGCAACAGCAGCAACAACAACACCAUCAUCAACAUCAACAGCAACACCAUCAUCAACAACAACCUCAUCAUCAGUCCCAACAACAAUCGUCACAAACUUCAGCGCAGCCAUCUCAACAACAACAACACCAACAGCCACAACAACAAUCACAUCAUCAGUCACAACAGCAGCAACUGCCUUCACCGGUAGCGUUGACAGCAUCCAGCAGUUCACAGAGCACCGCCAAUAACAGUCAAGCUGGUGGUUCCUUAAUUGGAUCUGUUGGAAGUACCACAACCAUCGUUGGUGGCAAUAAUACCAACGAUAACACCGAUGGCCAAAUUUACACAUUGACAGUAUUAAAUGGCAACGAGCCAUGGAUCAAACGUGAUCCAGAUGCCCAGCUAGCACCGUCACUGGAUCUGGACUCGCUGCUGGGCAGUUUUCCCGGCUACAUAAAAUCAGAGUAUCCUUACGAUGAUAGUGGAUUUAGUACGGAUGGCACAAAAGAUGCAGAACAGGUGCAUCAGUCACUGCAACCGCACCAUUUGCACAGUUUGGUCACACAGAGUACAAUACCACCGGUCACAACAAUAGCCACAACAAACAGUACAACACAACUGGCACAAUUUCAAAACAACAACAAUGAUUGGCACAUGGCGGACAAUAAUACAGAACAGAACUCUGCUGAAUCUCUGCUGCGAAGUGCUCUGCAAGGCAAGGGCUAUUCCAAGGGUCUGCAUUUACAAAACGGUAUAACGUUACUCCCGCCGUCAUCGGUGAAGGACGAAGAGCUGCGGCGAGCUCUUUUUCACUCAGAAACGGACCCACUGUCUUUUGCUGAUACUGCUCUUGCCGCUCAAAUAUUUGAUGACAGUCAGGGCCUUGGCAAUUCGGCAACUUCCUCAACUUCAUCUCAUUCUCACGUCCAUGUCGUGGCACAAUCACAACUGCAGCAUCAGCAACAACAACAAUCGACGAAUUCGUCCAACUCUAGUUCGACUAAUCGCAGCAGAAGCACUCAAACAACUGCGACGACAACUGGCAUUAUUGUCGACGAUAUGUUCCUAUCCCUCGAGACCGCCUUCACCAAUGAAUUUGAGAAGAUCAAACGGAUCGCAAAUGAGGUCCAGCAAUUCUGCACGGCUAGUGAUUACCCCGAGGUGAUAAUGGAGAUAACUGGUCCCUCACAGAAUUGUGUUCAACUCCAACCACCGCAGCCACCGCAGCCACCGCCACCACCACAGCCACUGCAGCCAGAGGUCUCGACUUCCAGUAAUAGUCGACCGCCGCCCACUGGUAAGGGCGGUGGGGGAGGUGGAUCGAAGAAGUACAAACGAUCGAAUUUAAACCCCAACAACCGCCCCAACAACAACAACAAUAACUCCCACAUAGCCAACAACAAUAACCCCAGCAAUACCACCAGUCCCACGCAUUGUAACGGUCAACGCAAGGAGCGUUCUCUACACUACUGCUCGAUAUGCUCCAAGGGCUUCAAAGACAAAUACUCGGUAAAUGUUCACAUCCGAACUCACACCGGCGAGAAGCCGUUUGCUUGUUCGCUGUGCGGCAAGAGCUUUCGACAGAAGGCUCACUUGGCCAAACACUAUCAAACCCAUUUGGCCCAAAAGAGCAAUGGCAGUGUUGUCAAAGGUGGCAGCAAGCAUCAGCGUUCAUCGGGGGCGGUACCUGCUUUGGCUGCACAGCAACGUCAAAUAAGUCCCAACACUCCAACACCGCCAAUUCCGAACGGACCAUCACAGCCAUCACUGCCAACUCUGCCACCUGCCAAUGGCCUGCUAGCGAAUAGGUAGAAAUGCCCUCUGCUGCCAGCUGGCUGAUGAUAUUCCAGCAGCGGUAGUUUUAUUUUGUUUUAAAUUAAUUUCUGCAUCAUGUCGCAAUUGUUCCUAGUUAAAUUGUAUUUUAAUUUUAUUUUUAUUUUGUUUAUUUUAUUAUUAUUUUCAAUCAAAAUGUGAUUAUUUUUAAUGUUUAGACAAUUUUGUGAAGCGUUUUUCAUAUCUUCAGUAAGGCGGAUGGUUUUGUUGUUGAGAUCUUACAUUCAUAUUUUGCUCAUUAAAGUGAUUGAGAAAAUAAUCAAGUUUUAUGAAAGUCAUGAUCUCAAAAUUGUCAUUAUUUCCAAGACUUAAAAUUCUGUGUUUUCGUGAAGAGAUACAUCCAUUUAAGGAGUUUCAAUCUAUGAGUAUAGCUCUAUCUAGCAAGAAUGUGUAGAUUAGUUCUUUUCUUUAAACGUUAUGCAGUCUAUUUUUAAGGUUUACCGCUUUAAUGAAAUAUCGCUUUCUUAGGAAUUCUUCUGACUGUAAUGCUUUUUGACGGAAAAACUUACUGUCAUCGUUGCCACCUGGUCCACAUUCUUCUAGCCUAACUAUCCUUCCUGGUUGUUAGCCGAUGCCAUCCAUUUUUAACGUACAAAAUCCACAUCUAAAUAUGAAUUAGCUGCGUUCUCGUCUGCAGAAUCGACAGCUUAACCUUGUAGGUGGCUGCAAACGCCAGCCAGCACUAAAUGGUCGUCUUUCUUAUGGAAACUUAGGACAAUGUUUUGUUUUUGUUCUACUUGUGAAUAGAAAGCACUGAAACUUUAUUUACUGAUUGAUUGCAAGCAAUCCAUUAAAGUUAAAAUUUCAAAAUCUAUAGGUCCAACUUUUAAAUUUUGCUAGUGAAAUUUUGAGCUUUUUGAUGUUUUGAAACAAUUUUUUUGCACUGCUGGAAACUUCGUUAAGAAAACUUAACUUCCCUGUGAAACAAAUAAACUUAAAGGGUGAUUUUUAAUCGUGUUGUUUUCAAGAAAUUUGUUUUCACUGCUUCAAACGUCGUUAAGAAAACUUAGCUUCCCUGUGAAACAAAUAAACUUAAAGGUGAUUUUUCAAUAGAAUUCAAUGUUUUGAAUUAAGCUUUAUUAUAAAGCUGAGCGGCCUAACUUUGACUACUUUUUGCAGUAUAAGGCAACUUUAUGAUCUUAUGUCAGCAAUAACCCUCGUGAUAUUCUUUUCCAAAGCGUCGAUUGUCCCGGGCUUAUUUGCUGUAGAAAAGCGAAUUCACAAAACCCCGCAAAAAAUAGUCCAGCGGUUCAAGUAUCCCAUACCACAGACUUCUGUUCAUUAUGAAAUGGCAAACUGAGCAUAAAUCAAGUGACAGCUGUCAAAAACACCAACACCGAAAAAGGCAUUGCUAGAACGGAAAAAGCACACGUCUAAAAAAACGCCCGUUAUUUUUAAUGAGCGCGUUCAGAUCAAAAAAAAAUUUAUUUUUAUGAUAAAUUUGACAGCCAUGGAGAAGAUUGGCGUUUGGUUGAUACUCAUUUCAAUUUUUGAGCAUAAGAAUGACAUAAUGUCUCAAUAAACUCCGCUGUUACCUUCACAAAAACAAUAUUUUUUAAGAACUAUAAACAGAUAUAGCUACGUACAAUUAUGUGCAUUAAAAAAUUGAUAUAGAUAUUCUAUAUUUGCAUAAACAAAAACCCACAACGAUAACAACAACAACAAUAACAAAAUGUAUAAACAAAUAAGUACCUAUACACUUAAAUGAGGCUUCGGAAAUUGCAAUUUUGUUUCAAAUAUUUUUUUUUUUCUAAAUUAACUAAAUUUACAAAAAAAAACAUUUAUUAGACAAAAUAUUUAUAAAAAAAAUAAUUCCUUCAUAUUUGUUUCUUCUAACAAAAGUGUGCCAAAAAUAUUGAACGAAGCUAAAAUGAUGAUAAUAAAGUGAUAAAUGAUAAUAAGUUUAUAUUUUUUGAUACGAAAAUAGUUAGACAAAUUUAACACUAAAUGCUUUUUGUUUCAAUUUAAAAAAAAAAUAUAUCGUGUAUUUUUGUUGGUGUGAAAAAAAUCAAAUCAUUUGUUUCAUAAUUCAACCUUGCCAUUAAAACAACAGAAUUAAAAAAUAUAUAAUUAUAAAAUAAAAUAAAAAAAAAUAUUCUAAAAUAAAAACA